CUGCACUCCACCGUAUUUUUUAUUUCGUAUUUUCAUUUUUAUAAUAUCAGUUUAUUUUGUAGCAAUUUCCAGAGGAUUUUGCUUCUACAAAAUCUUUCAUACGAGGGAAAUACAGCGGCCAUUAACUGAUGGAAAGUUAUAGAAAUUUAAAGAAACUUUUCACUGUGCAAUGAUUAAAAUGCAUAGAAAAAAAAUAUAUUAACUCGAAAGUUGAGCUCAAGUUUAAAACUCUGAAAAUAUUUACUCUCAAUAAGAUCUCUUAGAGAACACAUAAAUUAAGCGGAAACGAGUCCAGGAAAUUGUGUGAGCUAUCAGUACGGUUCUCCUUGUUAUCUACCCUAGCAACCAUUGAAUUGUAUCAAGAGGAUGUAAGAAUAAAACAAAAGAUUGUAAAAAAAAAUAAUAGAGUUCCAACUGGUUCCAGCUGCAGAACAGAACAGCCCGCAAUUCGCUGUCAAAAAUAAAAAUUUCCACUGCAAUGGGAGGCACAUAAUUAAAAAAUUACACAUCACAUUCUAUGCCAAACUAAUAUUUAACUGCUCAAAUCUUCGAAUAACUUGAUGAAUUAUCAAAAUUAUUUCACAAGACAAACAAUAUCCGAUCAAAUUGUGUUUGUGGAAAUAUUAGUGAUUUACUAUAAAAGGCUCAAUAGACGCGUAUAGCUGGCUGAAGGAGUUUCAGAUCUCUAUAAAUAUCAACAGUUAGCCGUCUGUAAACACAAUGCCGAUACAACAACCCAAGAAACAAAUCUCCAAGAUAUCCGAUAUGACACAAAUGUCGCUGAAUCUUAGCAAAGAAAAGAGCCGCAUGUCGCGCCAGGACAUGGGAGGAGGGGACAUGGAUUGGAUGCGAGGAAAAAUUCACCUCAAACCAGAUGACCAGCUACAGUUACCAGAAAUCGAACUGCAGGAAGAAAUUGCGAGAGUUCUGAUGAUGCACAAUACCCGUAUUCCAGAUGCGCUUGUCGAGUGGUCAUGGAGGCAAAGAGAGUUCGUCAGAUUGCCAAACCCGCCGCAUUUGGUCACGCUUUUGAACAUACCAGGAACGAUAUUACACAAAGAGUCAGAGGAAGCGAGAAUUCAAAUAUCGGGAGGAAUUAUCAUGGAUACUCAGGAAGAACCGAUAGAUUUCUUAGUUGAGAGAGACGAAGAUGACGAAGAGGAAGAGCAAGGUCGCGAAGAAGAAGAAGAUGGGCAAGACGCUAACCAAGAGGACGAAGAAAAAAUAGAGGAUGCUGAGAAGCCUGCAGAGGCCCAACAAGAACCUGAACCUGAGCCUGAACCAGACGAGGAGGAGGGUGAGGUAGUAAAGCCAAAAAAAGUUCCCAAUCAAUUCAACUUCUGCGAAAGAGCUGCUCUGACCUAUAAUAAUCUUAUGAGGGAAAUGUCUACUCAAACCGUACCUCCACCAAGAGCAACAUUCAACGCGCACGUUUUCCAGUGGAUAAUAUUUGAUGAAUAUCAGGAAGAUUAUGCUCAGCAACAACGAGAAAAAGAAAAGGAAAGAAAAGUACCUUUACCUCAACCAAAGAAAGAGGAUUUAAAACGAAAAGCUCAGAUGGAAGCAAUGGCUGCGAACAUUAGAAUGUUGCAGGCUUCUAAAACAUUGGAAAGAAUGGUGAAUCAGAAUAUUUUCAAUGAAAUAUCUCAAGACUAUCGGUACUGGAAUGAUCCAAGCGACGAGUUCAAAGACGGCGAAGGCUCUCUAUUGCCGCUGUGGAAGUUUAGUUAUGAGAAAUCAAAGAAGCACGAUGUCACCGACAUGUGCUUCAACGGAAGAUACAAUGAUUUCUUUGCUGUGGCUUUUGGAACAAUGUCAUUUGGGAGUCCAGUAAGCACAGGAAACGUCUGUCUCUUCAGUCUUAAAAAUCCAUCAUAUCCAGAGUGGAUUUGUCCGACUGAUUCUCCCGUCAUGUGUCUAGACUUCAAUGCUCAACACCCCCAUUUGCUGGUCAUUGGAACAAUGGAUGGUACAGUAGCAGUGUACAACAUAAUGUUGCCACCAACAGAGCCGCAAUAUAAGAGCAAUGAAGUUACGCAAAAGCACGGAGGUAUUGUAUGGGAGGUGAGAUGGGCGCCAGAUACCGAAGAAGGAAAUCUUACCUUCUAUAGCGUAAGCAUCGAUGGGAAAAUCAAUCAUUGGGUGUUAAAUCAGAACGAUUUAGGUGUCACCACCAUUAUGACAUUAUAUCUUGACAGACCUCCUAUUCCCGGGCCAGAUGGUACCAUGAUUACCCUGAAAGGAUGUGGAACAUGCAUAGCUUUCCAUCCGAACGAUGGAAAUAUAUUUCUAGUGGGAACUGAAGAAGGUACAAUUUACAAGUGCAAUACGGCUUACAGCAGUAUAUACAUGAGGACUUAUGACGAAGCCCAUAAUAUGCCUGUACACAGAAUUGUCUUCAACAAAUACAAUUCAAGCAUAUUUGCUAGCUGUUCCGGCGACUGGAGAAUCAAAAUAUGGGAAGACGAAAGGCUAGAGCCUCUGUUCAUGUUUGACCUUGGAGUGCCGAUCGGGGAUGUUCAAUGGGCUCCGUACAGUUCAACAGUUUUGGCUUGUGUGUCGAACGAUGGAAAAGUUACAGUGUUUGACUUGAAUAUAAAUAAAUAUCGGCCGAUUUGUACUCAAGCAAUUGUUAGUAAAAGAAGGAACAAGCUAACUAGACUGGCAUUUAAUGCUGCGCUGCCUUUCAUAAUCGUUGGGGAUGAUAAGGGAACAGUACACACGCUGAAAUUAUCACCAAAUUUACGACUCAAAAUAAAGCCGACGAAAAAGCAGUUGCAAAUGACACAGUACGAAUUAGAAGCGUUAAAAUUAGAACGGCUUCUGAGCUUUGUUAGAGAACCGCCAGUUUUAGUUCCCCCACCAGACGUUAGAAUAACAAAUUAGAUAUUCUGCGAAAUACAAAUUAAAUAGAACUUUAUCCAAAUAGAAAGAAAUAACUGAGAUUAGAUAUUCUUGUAAAUAUUUGAAUAUAUAAUAUUACUUUUAUAAAUGAAUAUAUUUGAAUCGUGGUUAAUAU